UCACUGUCGUCCGGUGUCUUUUUGCUUCCUCUAGCGCGAGUAUCAUGUCCUCUGAAAAAUCUCGCGGUUUCUUCAAAUGGGGCCGGUCACUACACGACCGGGAGGAGCAAGGCUAUCCGCCUAGUUCUACCGUUGGCAGUCUACCUGAUAAUGGUGGCCUUCGGAGGACCCUAACUACAACCGACGUCUCGACUCUUGUACCCUCACACGACAAGCUCCUCAUCUUCCGGUCGCUUGUUGGCAUCGACACUGUCCCGGCUUUGACCACAUCCGGUCACUCGGCCCGCACAGGACCAAAUAUCGGCAUCUACACGCGCAUUAUCAAGGCCGAAAAGAAGUCCGCUUUCAAUUACAAGGUUUUCCAUCUCCUGAUCAACACCUGUCUGGCCGUUCAGGUCAUCUUCGGCGCCAUCCUGACGGCCCUGGGAGCCUCCGACGGAUCGCGCAAGGCCGUCACAGCAUUCGGAGCCAUCGGCACCAUUAUGGCGGGUAUCCUGGCAUAUCUCAAGGGAUCAGGGCUGCCCAACCGCCUGAAAUAUGACGAAGAUGAGUGGAGGAAAAUUCGAGAGCACAUUGAGCAGCGAGAGCGCGAGUUUUGUCUCGUCGACUGCCCUCUCGAUGUGCGCGAAGAGAUCCAAAUCGUCGAAGAGAUGUAUGAAAGGGUCAAGGAACAGCUGGAAGCAAAUAACAGCCACGGGAUGCCGCAUGGCACAAACAAUUCCGAACGUCCCAGGCACAGCAAUUGGCAACAGCAAUCGACUAAGCCUCCAUCGAGGCGACCAUGGACAUUGCCUCCGGCUCACUCCCCCGAGGGGGAGAAGCACGUUUUAUCUACCAGCAGAGCGACAGAAUGAGGUCAAUGGUUGUGGGAAAAAAAUUGAGUCGAAAAAUCAAGAAUAUUGAUCGCUGGCGCCGAGCACUAUGAGUCGUCUUAAUUCGUCCGAGUCGCCGAAGCCAACACUUGUCCCGAUUUCGGCUCGAAGUGACUCUUUGGAGAGGUUCGAAAAAGCGGUCCUCAAUGACAUCUCCGAAAAUAGUGCUUCGCAUGUCGGCUUGUUAAAUCCGCGCGAAGGACUGGCUGAAGUUGUAGGUCGCUCCAUUGCAAGCCUCCACUCUUCUUCAUUUCGUGCCAACCAGGCGGGCUCGUUGCAGGGUAAUGGCAUAUUGAGAAUCAGGUCAUCGUCGAGCGGUUCAUAGUACAGGAAUUGUUCUCGUUUACUAUGGUCGCGGUUGCUGUAGAAAUUGACAAUGUUGGCAAAGAAGACUGUUCUCCUCGCUGUCUCGGUGAUCCUCCACCGAGC